AUGAGCUUGACAGAGUUUAACCAGUCUGAUCGCUGUGUGCAUUUCACCUGUCCAGAGAGAACUGUAUCUCCUGCAGUUUAUAUCUUACUGUAUGUGUGUUCAGCUGCUGUGGUUCUGCUAACAGUGUGUGGAAAUCUGCUCGUCAUCAUCUCUGUUUUUCACUUCAAGCAGCUUCACACACCAACUAACAUGCUUGUGCUCUCUUUGGCUGUGUCGGAUUUCCUUUCUGGAAUUUUUGUAAUGCCACCAAUGUUUAUCUGGACUAUUGAGUCAUGCUGGGUUUUUGGAAAAGAUUUUUGUAGCAUUUACUGGUUUACUAAUAGUAUAUUUACAAUAUCAAUAUAUACUAUUGCUCUAAUUGCUGUGGAUCGGUAUUUGGCUCUUUCAAACCCCUUUCUUUACAUGAACAUUGUAUCUGUGAAAAUAACUUGUGUUGUAAUGUUUUUUGGCUGGUGUUUUGCGAUGGGCUAUAACAUAGCAGCGAUAUAUUUUAAUAUAGGAAACUUAACAAGUUCAGGUAUGUGUCCUAGUGAGUGUUUUAUUUCCCUAAAUGAGAUUUGGACUGUAAUUGAUUUUGUAUAUUCAUUUAUAUUUCCACUUUCUGUCAUAAUCAUAUUGUAUACUCAAGUUUUUAUGAUUGCAAAGAAGCAUGCCACUGCUAUCAGAGAGCUUAAUAAUCAUGCACGCCCUAAAACACAGAAAAUCACCUCACACUCGAUGAAAUCUGAGAGAAAAGCAGCUAAAGUCCUUGGAAUUUUAGUGUUUGUGUUCAUAAUGUGUUUACUCCCAUAUUUUCUUUACAGUUUUUUAGGCAAUGUUAUUGAGCUACAGGCAAACACCUUUCAGAAAGUUUCAAUCUUGUUUUGUCUUAAUUCCACCAUUAAUCCACUUAUAUAUGCUCUGUGUUACCCGUGGUUCAGGAAGUGCAUACAAUUAAUUGUAACACUGCAAAUAUUCCAAAUAGACUCUGCACUAAUCAAUGUUCUUUCCUAA